AUGCGAGACUUUGAGGCCUUCCAGUCAGCCUUAUCGGCAUAUCGUUCGGCUGGCGCGGAGCCCGGAGCGGAUCAGUUCGAUUCGGCGGACGGGCCGGGGGCGCAACACGACUGCUCUCAGUACAUGACCAGUCUGACGAACUCUCUGUCCCUUGUUCUCGACGAGUUCUACAAAGACCUUCGUUGCUGUGGUGUCUCCUCAGUCACUGGAGAGGGCUUUGAUGAAUUCAUGACGUUGGUUGCCGGAGCCACUGAGCAGUACUUCACGGUAGGUAGUCGCCAAGACCCUAUUGUUUUCCCCAUGCCUUGUGAUUAGCCAGUUUUUUCCCUCUACUCGCAUCUGUCUUGUUUUGGGACUAUAGGACUUCUUGCCCGCAUUAAAGGCAAACCAGAAGGCGGGCAAGAACCGUACCGCGCCGUCACUUCUCUCCAAAUACAGCGGUAAGAAGACCGAAUGUGCGCUGCAAUGCGCGCAUUUCAAUUGUCUGUUUAGUAUAAAAACACACUCUGGACGUUACUGUUUCUUUUUACCUUAUCUACCAAAGAGGACGCGGAGGAAGCUGUUGACUCGAUAUCAGAAUCUUCGUCGUCAACGUCAGAUGAGGAGGAGAGCAAAGGACGGACUGGAACGUCAUCGAAGAGGAACGUUGUAUCGAGCCGCAGCGUGGUGAAAAACCCCAUGCUGGUCGAUCUGGUCGGCGACUCGGAUAACGCCGACUCCGACCCCCUUGUCAACCUUGAUGGCAUCGAGGAGAAACCUCAUGAGGUGGAAGAAGAUAUUGACGGUGAGUCACCUCCUCAUUUUUAUGGUACAAGACAAGAACUGAGACGUUCACUGAGAUCCCUGAAUGUGAUUUAAAAGGAAUACCUAGUCGUACUGAUGUACUUAUGGCACAGGGUCUCCAUCUGAUUCAUCCGUAGUUGGAUAUCGGCCAGCCGAUACAGACUUCUCAGCAGAGUCGAAGUUCCAGACACCAACGGUAGACAAGGUAAAUAUCGUGACACAAAAAUGGCCCGCGAGUCGUGUUGACAUGAAGCAACAUAGCUGGACGAUAGCUAUUAAAGCGCGCCUUUUUGUAUACAGACGCCGGUUUUCAGUGACGUGGAGGCGCGUAUUUGCUAAGACCGGGACAAGAGGUCUCGUUUUGGGAGGUCUGGUCAGGGUACUCGCGCACAACUGCGGGCAUUAGCGUUACUUACCACAUGUUUACUAUCUUCUAACGUUGGAAUAAUAGAAAUUUUUUUCACCGUUAACUGGUCUCCUGAAUACUGUCAUGGGAAUUUCCGCAGCUCAUCGAGAAGCGUUCAUUUCACCGAGGUAGAAAAUGAAGGCUGCGGCUUGACCUUCGGGCAUUAUUGCUUAUUCAGAAAUAGGCCAACGCUACUAUCCCACCGACCUAUAUUAAGUGGGACUCGGAGAAAUGUUUAGUUCUAGCCUACGUUUCUUCGCAGCAUUGUGUUGUCGGUCUUUGGGUAUACCUGUGGUGGUGUGUUGUCCCGUAGUGUGAUCAUGUGCGCCCCAAAUGGGUCACGUGGCAGAUGCGCUGGACCAAGACGGAAGCCAUGCCGAAUUCUGGCAGGCGUUAUCGGAAUGCGCACCAUAACAAAUGCCAAGAUUUCAGACCCUGUUUCCGGCGUACGUCGCGCACACUCGGACCCCUGCCACUACCCCAUUGUUGUUGUUGUUGGUUAAAAUUCUGGUGUUUAUUGUAGACCGGGGAGUGUGGAGUGGAGCGCGAAGGUGCGGGCUCGACCCUGCCAUCUACCUGCCCUCGCGCCUCCUGUCUUGACACCGGGCCCAGGUGGGGGAAAUAGAGUGCGGUAGAUGCUAUGCAAGCCCGUUAUCACUAUAAACUAAUCCACACGUAAGUAAUCGUCCCUGCCUCACCUUGCUGUGGAGCAUACGGUGGACAUCGUCGGCAACGACGGCCGAACUAUCAGUGUGAUUUUUUUCAUACCCCCUUUGUAAGGUUAGGCAUGCGAUGAGAAGACCUCCUAUUAGGGGGGGGGGGGGGGGGG